AUGACUGGGAAACGGCAUCAUCGGACAACCUCCAUCGCAUCGCCAUGCGUCGCGAUGCUGAACCUCAGGAGUGAUCAUGGCCACGAAAGAGCCGGUGAUCUGUCCAGUGAGCGUGCUGUCAUCGUUCGAGGCGGCCUAGAUCCUGCUCCCUCUAUCCUGUUGGUCUGUGUCCGUUUCAAGGGUAAGGCGUGGAGCAAGAACAGUCGCCACGAUCCCUACGAGGCCCCUCGCGUCUCGCCGGCCGCACGAUUCUUCAGCAGUAACGCCUCUGCAUUCUCCCUGUGUUGCAGGUGGAACCAUCAUGACAGGAUCGUGUCCGAGUCCCUCGUGGCCAUUUCUCCGUGCAAUUUUAUUGUUGCUGUCUUAGAUCGCUCUCGGUCUCUGCGACGUGAUUGUCGCAUCCAACCGACGCUGUGCUUGGGGUGCUUGGCGCAGUUAGUGACCGCACCUGACCCCAUCCCGACGUCGCAUGGCCGAGUCGAACUUCAGUCUUCAUCUUUAUCUACGUCCGCUUUUUUUGGAGACAGAGAAGAAUCAUUCAGCAGUAUCUUGACCACCCCUGACGAGUCCGUGGGCAGAGCUGACCAACGUGCCCCUUUACGACCCCGAUUCACCCCGGCGGAUGCUUGCAGUCCGCCUGUCUUGAUCCCCUAG